CAUGGUCACACACAUAUGGCAUCUACAUCUCCCAACCUUGCACACAUCGAUCAUCAUACUCCCAUCCUUUUACACAAAAUCUUGUAUGAAAUCAUUGCUAGCUAGCUAGCUCCUCCCAUCUCUCUCUCUUUUGCCCACACUCUUUUCACAUCUAUGUAUCUAUAUAGCUACAUAUAUAUAUGCACACAUCUCCAUUGAUCUCUCAUCAACCACUAGUGCACCAUCUUAUAUUCUUCCUACAUAUUCAUUCUCCCCACAACAACAACUAACACUACUCACUCUUCAUUGCUUUUUUUUUUCUCUCUCUAGCUAGCUAGCUUGCUUCUACUUCUUCUUCAUCUUGAUCUUGAAACUAGUCUUAUCAAUCUGAGGAAUUAAUCCAUCAUUAUGAUGAAUCUUAUAUCAUUUGAAACACCUCCUCUUGGGAGGAGGAGUCAAGAUGGAGGCAGCAGCAGCAGCAGCAUCACUGCUGCUACAACCACUACCAACAAGGCAAAGGAAGCAGCAAGCCAUCUAGACCUCAGCCUCGGCAUCUCCUUGUCACCCGGCGGCGGCGGCGGCGACGCUGGCACCAAGGCCAGCAGCUGCUGCUACGGCGGCGGCGGCGACGGCGGCGGCUGCAUGGGCAGUGGCAUGCUCACUGCAGGAGUUCUUGGCGUUGGGCAUGGGGGGAGUAGCCAUGACAAUACUACGGCGAGCAGCGGCGGCGGCGGCAGCUGGACGGCGGCGUUCAUGCCGAGCCCGACGGGAUUCAUGCACCCGUGGAGCCUCGCCGCCCGGCAGCAGAAGGCCGCCGCCGAGCAGGAGCGGAGCGGCGUCGCGAGGCUGCCGCCGGCGACGACGACGUACAUGCCAAGAGCUGCCGCGACCGUGAUUUCACUGCCGGCGGCAGUUGGCUGGCCACCGGUGCACACAUCCCGGCGUAACCUCGUUGCCACCAUAAAUAAUGUCCUGAAACCCGACACUACUGCCGCCGUCAAGCCGGACAGACCGACACAAGCAACGGCGAUGUUCGCCGCCGACGAAACCACGGCGCCCCCGCCAAGGAGCGCGGCGGCGGCGACCGAGGCCAGCAGGACAUUGAACAUGUUUGCCAAGGUGCACAUGGAUGGGUACAAGGUGGGCAGGAAGAUCAACCUCAGGGCACACCGCAACUACGACUCCCUCCGUCGGGUCCUCACCAAGAUGACUCAUAAUUUCUUCUGCCCCGCAGAUUAUUCAAGCACAAAUAAGGGAGAAGAAGAUUGUGCUAAAAGUGACGAGUUCAUAUUUCUAUAUGAAGAUUUUGAGGGCGACCGAAUGCUUGUUGGCGAUGUCCCAUGGGAGUUGUUCCUUGCAUCAGCAAAAAGGUUGUACAUUGCCAAAAACCCAGCACCCAGAAACAAAGAACAUGCUGAAAUCGCCAAAAGGAAAGAAACUGAAGAUGCAAUAGAUAACUGAAGGCACCUGAAAAGCAAGUUGAUCUCUGCAUAUACUACAAUAUGCACUUCUCAUGAUCUGACAUAUAUAGCUCUCGACUUGUGCUGUUCAUCUUGUAUUAUAAUAAGCUAUCUUCGAAGAGUAGGUUUAUAAUGUACGGAUGCAUGUUAAAAUGCUUCUUGAUCACUGUGCAUACAAUUUUGCGGGCAUUAGGUAAGUACUCUGAAAAAUGUACUAGACACGGAUUCAGUAUGUCUACACAAAGUGGAUAAGACUCGUCUAAUAAUUAACUACGUUCUUGCUUGCUAUAUUUUCCAUCCUUUUAA